CGUAUUUGUGAACGGGGUAAGUGAGAGACACUUAGACAACUACAUAGGGAGGCAGAUAGACAUAGGUGAAUACAUAAAGAGAGAGAUAGUUACAUGCAUAUGGACAUAGAGAGAGAGAGAGAUACGUACAUACAUACAGGAAUAACAGAGAGAGACUGAGAGCGAGGGGAAAAGAAAUACAGAGACUGACUGACUGAGUGAGAGAGAGAGAGGGCAGAUAGAUACAGGAGUCCCAGACAGAAACAGACAGACAGACAACAAUAGUGAUACAGAGAGAGAAACUUAAACAGAAUGAUACGGCAAUUACAGAGAGAGACAGACAUGGACAGAUACACGUUGGAGGCAGAGUUAUAGAGAGACCAGAUAGAUAUUGGUGUUACGGGAGCAGAUACAGGACAGGAGUGAAAAAGAAGGGGGAGCCGAUACAGCACAGAAGUUAGAGAGAGAAGUCAGAUAUAGGACAGAAGUUAGAGCAUUUACAGGGCAAGUGUUGGAGAUGCAUGGCUGGAAUUAGAGACACAGAAAUAGGAUAGAAAUUUGACACGGGGCACAGCCGAAGGUCAUAUACAUGAAAAAAAAAUAGACAGAGGAUUAAAAAAAUGUAUGACAAGAGAUGAAGCAUCCGGAAAACACAGCAGAGAUGUAGAAAAUGCACAACAGGAGAUACAGGUAAUAGAGCACUAGAAGACAACGGGAGGUAGAGUUAGAGCAAGGAGAUUUCGGGGGACAGUCUGCAAGAGGUAGAGAUAGGAAUAAGGAGUCAACAAUAUAUUGAGAAAAAAAACAAUAACAUAGAGCGGGAUACAGUACGUUUGUGUUUUGGCAUAGUGCAAGAAGCUGACAAGGCAUGGUGAACCUGACUGGCACAAUGAGAACAAGCGAAUUUGACUCUUCAGAUGAGGACUGUGAAGAACAGCAUCAAUUGCCAUUGCAAGUAUCUUGGUUGGCUUUAUCAGUGGUGAACUGCCACCAGUUCCUUGGAAUCUGUGCAUUGCCAGGUUGUAAAUUUAAAGAUGUAAGAAGAAAUCUUCAGAAAGAUUUAGAAGAGCUCAAGAAUCACGACAUACAGGAUGUAUUUGUGUUCUGUACCAAAGGAGAGAUGGUGAAAUACAGGGUUCCAGGCUUGUUGGAAUCAUACGAGCAACAUGGAUUCAAGGUGUAUCAUUACCCUUUCCCCGAUGGUAGUGUUCCAGAUAUUGCUAACUGUUGGAAAAUUCUGGAAGAGUUGAGAAUUUGCUUGGAAAAUGCGAAAAGGAUCCUUAUCCAAUGUUACGGAGGCCUUGGACGUUCAUGUCUAAUUGCAGCAUGUCUUCUACUUCAGUUGUCCGAUACUAUGUUACCAGAAGAAGCAAUUGGCUACCUUCGUGAACUAAGAGGAGCUGCAGCAAUACAAACAGUGAAGCAAUACAACUAUUUGCAUGAUUUUCGGGAUAACGUGGCAACAUACCUGGCAACAAAAGACGACGCUGCAGCCCGAUCAGUGUCAAGAUAGGAAAAAGAAAGCAGAACUUUCAGGCUGUAGAUUGUAAUUGUUUGUAAAUCGAUUAUAUAUAAAUUUUACAAUUACCUGACCUCGA